AUGUGCGCUGUUCCACCUCGUGCAGACAUCGGUCAUCAGCUUAUGCUCAGGAAGGCCAAGGUAGACUUUGACUUGUAUUAUGGGGGGGAGGCAUUCUCAGUAGAGCAGCCUCAGUCAUUUACUUGUCCUUACUGUGGUAAAAUGGGCUACACGGAAACAUCUCUACAGGAGCACGUGACCUCAGAGCAUGCAGAGACCUCUACAGAGGUGAUUUGCCCAAUCUGUGCAGCUUUGCCUGGUGGCGACCCCAAUCAUGUGACAGAUGACUUUGCUGCUCAUCUCACACUUGAACACAGAGCACCUAGAGAUUUAGAUGAGAGCAGCGGCGUACGGCACGUUCGUCGGAUGUUCCACCCUGGGCGGGGACUGGGCGGUCCGCGGGCACGCCGGACUAACAUGCACUUUACCAGCAGCUCCACUGGUGGGCUCUCCUCUUCACAAAGCUCCUCCUACUCUCCAAGCAAUAGGGAAGCCAUGGACCCCAUAGCAGAGUUGCUCUCUCAGCUGUCGGGUGUGCGGCGCUCCGCAGGAGGACAGCUUAACUCUUCUGGCCCCUCGGCCUCGCAGCUGCAGCAACUGCAAAUGCAGCUUCAGCUGGAGCGCCAGCAGGCACAGGCGGCGCGCCAGCAGCUGGAGACGGCCCGUAACGCUACACGCCAACGCAGCAACCCUAGCAACAUCAGCGCCAGCAUUCCGCCGCCCAACACCGCCACAAACACAGCCAUGACUGAGAGCAACCCGCUGGCCUCCCACAGCUCCCAGUUUCUUCUCACACGGUUGAACGAGCCGAAAAUGUCCGAGGCAGAACGGCAGGCGCUGGAGAGCGAGCGCGCGGACCGCAGCCUGUUCGUGCAGGAGCUGCUGCUGUCCACACUAAUGCGAGAAGAGAGCUCGUCUUCCGACGAGGACGAAAGGCGAGACUUUGCUGACUUCGGCGCCAUGGGCUGCGUGGACAUCAUGCCUUUAGACGUGGCUCUGGAGAGCCUCAACCUGAAGGAGAGCUCCACAGGUCUGUCACCUUUGUUACAUUGUAUAAAUCCAUGAAAGGAGAGCGAGAGUGGAAAAAAAUCAAAAUACAUCAGAACAGGCGUGUGAGAUAAACCGAGAGACAGAUAAAUGGAACGAGAGAGAAAAUAAGAAAUAUAAAUAUAUAAAUAAAUAUAAGUUGAUAAUCAAUUCCACAU